AUCGGUUUAGAAGGAAAAGAACAUUUUCUCUUAAGAAUAAAUUGGUGUUUGACUUUUGCAAGUGCGGGAACAAUAACAGAUGGAUUAAACACAGUUAUAAGGAAUACUACAAGGAAAAUAACGGUAUAUUCUUCAAAAUGGUGCAGCUAUUUUACUACGAGACUCGAGGAAAGUGUUGCAAGAAGUUUUUAAACCAUGAAGGAGUUCCGACCAAGAUUCAUUUGUUCCCAUAUGAAGGAUGGGCACAACCAGCAAUGACGUCAUAUUGGCUGCUGAAAACCUAUUGGUGGAGUAGGUCACGUGUAAAAAUUACAGAAGUCACUGGGUCGCAAACGCAUGAAGUAAAGGGCAAAAUUCAGUGCAUUAAAAAUGGUUCUACCGUCAUUUCCGGUAAAAUAAAAGACAAAACAAACAGCGACUUCAGAAUGUAUCUCACAUCGAAUGUUGAUAGCGCUGAUUUCCAACUUGGUUAUUGUGUUACAGGAACACUUGAAAGGGGACGGAAAAAGUCAGAAAAGGGAUUUAGUCUGACUCACUAUGCUAUGAUAAAACGAAGAGGGUACUAAUGUUGUAUUCCCAAUAGUAUAGGAAAGUGUCUGAGUUGGCUUGAUUGUUAAAUGACAUAAUUGUUCAAAUUGAAUGUUAAAUGCCAUAUUUGUUAAAAUUGAAUGCUUAACGGCAUAUAAAUAUAUAUAUAUAUAGUUAAAUACUUAUUAUUGUGUUAAUUGUUGAUGUUAAAUGUUUAUAGUAUUUGUUAUAAUUAUUGUACGUAGAAAACUGCUAUACAUUAAGGUUGGUUUGGUAUUUCCGUGAAUUGUUAUUGGUUUUGUUAUCGAUAAAUACACAAAAAGUCUUUAUGUUUGUGUGGUGGUUUUAUUGAUGCAACAAAUGGCUGAAUAUUUGUUGUUUUAAA